AUGCGUUUGAGUCCAUCGCCCUCUGCUAGUCACAAUCAUCGUCCUAGUUUUACGGAGCAACUCCGAGGCGCCCCGCCCUCUCCGCGACAGCAACGACAUCUUUCGCUUUCCCAAUCUCAAGUUCUGGACUUGCUCAAUAACCCACCUACUGCAGGCCAAGCCGAUCCGAAGUUUGCCGGAAGAGACUGGCAGCAUAUUGUUGUAGGCGAGCUGGUAGCAACAGAAGAUGUACACUUCGUGGAGUUCGAUACGGGUAUUGAGGAAGCAACAAAUGUUGAUACACCAUCCCUUGCGACAAAUAGACCCUGGCCAAAAAUCCCACUCCGAGAAGCCAAGUCACUAGGCAGUCAAGAGGCAUUCGUCACACUACCGCACACGGCGCAGUUGACAUCAGCUGUCGAGCUAUUUGGUGGUGGUGUUCACAGAAUUGUCAUUGUCAAAGAAGGCAGCGGUGAAGUUGUAGGUAUAUUGAGUCAGCUACGGCUAGUCAAAUUCUUGUGGGAGAAUGGUGGGAGUUUCCCUGUCCUCGAACGAUUGUAUGGGCAGGAGAUCAGUCAAUUAGGGAUCGGUAGCCAGAAUCUCAUUUCGAUCAAUGGAGAUACACCUUUAAAGGAGGCUCUAAAACUGAUGAAUAAUGAAGGCGUAUCGUCACUCGCAAUCGUGGACAAUCAAUACAAUGUAGUAGGGAACAUCUCUAAUGUUGACGUCAAGUCAUUCUUUCGACUCGUGGAAUGA